AACACGCUCCCGUUUCUGCGACCAGGGAGUGGAGGCGGCGCCGCUGCGGCUCUCCGGGUGCAGCGGGUCUCCUGGCCUCCCCUUCGUCCCUUCCUGCCGCCCCGCAUCCUUUUUCCCUGAGGCGGAAGGCAGGCUAGAGGCUCCGUCUUCGCGCCUUUCCCCGGCCAGGCGUUCUCCCUCCGUUAAGGCAGCGAGCGGAGCUGCAAGCGGGGCGAGAUGGAGAAGACGGUCCCCGGUCGCCUGCUGGCAGCCCUGCAGGACUUGACGGAGGACGAGUUCAAGAAGUUCAAGGAGAUGCUCCUGAUGUUCGUCGUCUCGGAAACCUACCACCUGAGCCGUCACAUCCCGUGGGGGCUGCUGAAGAAAGCGGAUGAUGCUUGUAGUAUAGCCGAUCUCCUGCUCCAAUACUACGGGGAGGAUUGUGCCCUGGAGGUGACGGUCCGGGUCCUGAGAGCCAGCGGCUGCAAGGGACGGGCGCUGAGGCUGGACGCGACCCGUGAGAUCGCACUACAAGGAGAAAAUAUUGGAGGGACGUUUGAAUCUUCUGAGAAAUAUUACACAUCUUGCCUUCUUUGCAGUAUGACUCUUCCAGAAAAAAAUUGGCCAGAGAUUGUCUGGGACCCAGGAAGGAACCGUGAAAUCUACAGAUUAGACGUCACUGAAGCUGGUUCCAUACGUUGUGGUAUUACUGAUCUGAUGUUUGAUAUAAAAAAAGCUGUAACCAUAACAUAUCACUUUGAUUCAUGGUCUGGUUACAUGGAUGAGGUCAAGAGGGCAGACUUGAUGGUAGCCGGGCCUUUGCUCAACAUACAGGCAGAACCAGUAGAAGCCGUGGCAGCAGUUCAUUUUCCUCACUUUUUGUGUCUUGCAGGUGGAGGAGAUAAUGGAGUCCGCAUAGCACAUUUCAAUAAAGGGACGAUGAUUCUGCGGAGACCAGAUAGAGUGGAGGGUUUUCAUGUUAUAUUGUACAACCUCAGAUUCUCCCCUUGUGCAGUUGUUCUUGAAAAGUCAUGGCUUAAGCAAGAGAUAAAGGUCCAUGCCAUAGUACUACUCUAUCAGCAGCCGAAAUACCUAAACUCAAUGCUUCAUCUAUAUGUCCUCCCCAGUGAUUCUUCUCUAAAAAAGGCUGUAUAUGGCAUCGAAGAUAUUCUCUGUUCACGGAGAUUGCUAAAACCUCCUGGCACGAGAUAUCCUCUGAAGUUUGGAUCUCGCUUAUUUCUGAGUACGUCAGAUGGUUCUAAAGUCUUUUCAGAGGAAGUAGUAUUUAAAUACACAUCGCCAGGCAAAAUGCAAGAGUUGUUUUUCCUGGAUGUUCGACAAAUGAAAGAUGAGCUGGAGCUGAACCUCAUGGAGGAAAAGCAGGAUGUCCCGGUCUGGACAGCCCGUGUGAGAAGAGAAGAACUGUUGCUCAACCCAAUAUUAGGAAAAGUUGACCAACCCAGUAAAGAGACACGAGUGCCAGAAUCGGUGGGUCAAGGUUCCAUGCAUGGCGAUUGCAGCCCAGACAUAGGAGACAUAAGUGGUUUGGCUGGCGGUCGAACCCAAGCAACAGCUGUGCCUUCAGGACUAGACGAGCAAAGAAUGGAAACCAAAAUAGACCCUGAACCUUCUGAGGAAUGUCCCAUGUGUAGCUCACUGUGCAGCAAGGCCAGUCCAGAAAAAAUCUGGCCGACGGUUGUCCAGGACCCCAAAAGGAGACGCAAAACUUACAGAUUACACGUCACCGAAGCAUGUUCUAUACGAUGUGGUAUUACUGAUCUCAUAUUUGAUAUAAAAACAGCUGUAACCAUAACAUAUCACUUUGAUUCAUGGUCUGGUUACAUGGAUGAUAUUCGGAAGGCACACUUGACCGUUGCCGGACCUUUGCUCAACAUCCAGGCAGAUCCAGCAGACGCUGUGGUGGCAGUUCACUUCCCUCACAUUUUGUGUCUUGCAGGUGAAGACCCUUACCAAGUCAGCAUUGCACAUUUUACUGAAGAGGGGAUGAUUCUGGAGAAGCCAGAUAGAGUGGAGAAUUUCCAUGUUGUAUUGUACAACCCCAAGUUCUCUCUUCUUGGUGCUAUUUGCAAAAUACCAUUUCUUAAGCAAAAGAUCAAGGUCCAUGCCAUAGUUCUGCUCUAUCAACAGCUGAGACUCCCAUACCCAAUACUCCAUCUGUAUCUCCUCCCCAAUGAUUCUUCUCUAAAACAGGCUGUACAUGACAAUGAAGUGAAAUGGUCAAAUAGAGUGCCCAAACCUCCUGGCACCACACGCCCUCUGAAGCUUGAGACUUGCUACUUUGUGAGAACUUCACAUGAUGUUAAAAUCUCUCCCGAGGAACUGAUAUUAAGAUACCUGGAUGUGGACAUGGAGCAGCAGUACCUGGAACUGUGUGCUCGAAACAUGGAAGAUGAGCUGGAGCUGAACCUCAUUGAGAAGAACAAGGAUGCAUCCAUCUGGACGUCCUGCGUGAGAAGAGAAGAACUGACGUUGGACUCAGUACAAGAGAAAAAACGGGAAAAUUUGAUCCAGUGUACUACAUGCAGCUCGCAGCGCAGCAGCGGGGCCAUGUCGGUGCCCGUCCACGAUCGCCUGCAGUUAGCCCUGGAUAACUUGUCCAAGGAAGACCUGGAGCGCUUCCGGUGGAAGCUGAACAAGAUCCCCCUCCGCCAGGGCUACGAGAACAUUCCCUGGGGGCGUCUGGAGAAUGCCAGCAUUUUGCACAUGGUCGACCUCCUGCUGGACUUCUACACGGAGGGCUAUGCCCCUCGGGUGACAGUCGAGGUCCUGGAAGCCAUCGGCUGCAAGCAAGAGGCGCAGAGGCUGAAGUCAGCCCUGGAGAGCGAGGUUAAUCUCCAAUGACCAGAGACUAGAGAGAUUGUACUGUAAUAUGCUAAACAACAAGCAGCACCAAAAGAUCAUUGCAAAGGAAACCAUCAAGACCAAAUGCAAGCGCUCUUCAACCUCAGGCCAAGCUGGGACAGCUUUUGCAAAGAUCAGCGACAUGAGGCGCUGAAGGCCACAAAAAAGACAUCUCCUUAAUCACCUCGAAAGGGAAUGAAGCAACAGAGAAGACUGGAAGUUAUUUAAAAUUUCUAUUUCUUUUCAUGCUUCCUUCACUGGGAUAGGACCCAAAACAGAAACAUUCCUCAUCAUUCAGUCUGCUUGUCUUACUAAAAUGAAAAAUUUGUCCCUUCUCAGGAAGGCACUGUUUUAUGAGGCCUUUUUGUUGUCACAAGAAUACUUCUAGGUGUCUAAAGGCUUUUCAAGGAAUGGCCAUUUCCCAGAACACAUUGGGCUCAGCUAUACUAUAAGGUAUCAAAAAUACAUUAUUUAUUACUGCAUUUUAAAAUAUAUAAUUGGUAAAUUCUAACACAAGUGCUCUCAAAGUUACAUUGAUGGAGAAAUCUCCUCACAGCCUCACUAUGUACAAUACCCUUCUCCAGUGUCAUUC